AUGGGAUCACCGACUCAUACAAGGGUGGCAGAGGUAGCAGGAGGAAUAACAGCAGAUUGCGCAACAGUAUGGUGUUGUUUUCCAUACACGGCUGCAAACCUAUUGACUCUUAUCAUAUAUAAGGUACCAAGAAGGCUUUGUCGGAAGGCAUUUAAGAGAUAUCGAAAGAAAGAAUUGAUUAAAAAAGGGUUGUUGCCCCUUUAUUCAAAUACUCCAACAUUAACCACAUUAAAUCGACAAAAUGAAAUAAAUUUGGAUCCACUUAAUUGUGAAAGAACAAUUGAGAUUAUUCAUAAUGGUGAGAAGGUUACUUUUGUAAUUGGUGGGAGUAAGGUGGAUGACGAUUUAAAAGAACUAGAGAAGAAGAUGAUUACGAAGUUUAGAGGCUUUUGGAGAAGCCAUUCACAACAAGAAACGUGA